GUCCCCGUCGGUCCAUCAGGCUUAAGAGAUGCGUCCUGUUUUGCGAUGCGCGGCAUGCCUGCCCGUGUUUUAGCCCACGAUCCCCGGUGGAAGUGACACCUCCAUCCUCUCCGACUGCUUCUCCGUGGACAACCGGCGGCUGACAGACAGGAUCCUCGGGCGCUGCCGCUAUGGAUGCUCCUCCCGGUGCGCUCUGCUGAUCCAUGUUGACCGGCUCGGCUGGAGUCGCUGCAGCCUCCCGCAUCCGCGCAGGAAAAAGCCUAGUUUAGACGUUCGAGGGGGAAACAUGGGGAGCACGACCUCUUGCUGCGUGUCUGCCAGCCCCAAGAUCCGCAGGAAUGCCCACUCCAGGUUGGAGUCGUACCACCCGGAGUCGGAUCUGAGCAGGGAGGAGACGGCGUGCAACCUGCAGCACAUCAGCGACCGGGAGAACGUUGACGACUUGAUCAUGGGGUACAAUCCGUCGGACCAUCCGCGGGCCAGCACCAUAUUCCUCAGCAAGUCUCAGAAUGAUGAGGUGCCUUGCAGGAAUGUGCGAGAAAAACGAAAGAGCCUCUUCAUCAACAAUCAUGGCACAGUGAGGCGGAAAUGCAGCUCCUGCUCAACCAUCUUCCUAGAUGACAACACAGUCAGCCAGCCCAACCUCAAAUACACCAUCAAAUGUGUAGCUUUGGCCAUUUACUAUCACAUAAAAAACAGGGACACAAAUGGAGGAAUGCUACUAGACAUCUUUGAUGAGAAGCUUCAUCCGCUCUCAAAAUCGGAGGUUCCGCUGGACUACAACCAGCACGACCCCGAGCAGAAGCACAUCUACCGCUUCGUCAGAACGUUGUUCAGCGCCGCUCAGCUCACUGCUGAAUGCGCCAUUGUCACGCUGGUGUACGUGGAGAGACUCCUGACCUACGCAGAAAUGGACAUCCUUCCUGGGAACUGGAAGAGGAUUGUCCUGGGGGCCAUCCUGCUGGCCUCAAAGGUGUGGGACGACCAGGCUGUCUGGAACGUCGACUACUGCCAGAUCCUCAAGGACAUCACGGUAGAAGACAUGAAUGAGCUGGAGCGGCAGUUUCUGGAGCUGCUGCAGUUCAACAUCAACGUGCCGUCCAGCGUCUACGCCAAGUAUUACUUUGACCUUCGAUCCCUCUCCGAGUCCAACAACCUCAGCUUUCCCCUGGAGCCCCUGAGCAGAGAGAAGGCCCAAAAACUGGAGGCUAUUUCCAGGCUUUGUGAUGACAAGUACAAAGACUUACGGCGAGUCACCAGGAAGCGUUCGGCCAGCGUGGACAACCUGUGUGGGAGCCGGUGGGUUCCUGCGAUCCUCUCCUAACCACGGGUCGGCGCUCCUGUCCUGAACAGUUUUCACAAUAGCAACGGACAACUAGGUGGACGAGAAACUUGCCACAUCAGCUCCUGCUGAGUUCAGGACGCAGGACGCAGGACGCAGUGCAACAGCCACGGUUACCCAACAGUUGGAGCCUUCAGCCUUUUUGGCGCCUUUAUACUAGUACUUACUCAGCGUGACUCGUCUCGCCACGCCUCGUCUCGCCUCCACUCGCCUUGUCCUCGUUUGUUUCUAGACACCCAGAUGAGAAGUGGGCGGGUUGGAGCAAAGCUGCUGUGACGUAUUUGAUUGUGUGAUCUAAACGGAGAAGACAACAACACUAAAGAUGUGGAACCAGGAGGAGAUGAUAAAUGUGCUGCUUGGUCUGUGGCUUGUGUUCGAUAUCAAGUUAAAAAAUGAGAGUGAGAGAAGCUUCAAGCAGCGACGCUUUUUUUUUGUUUGUGUCGGCGCUGCUGAAAAAUCAGCUGGGAGCCGCGAGCAGCUGAGAAGUGACAGAGCUCCUGGUGGAUCUUGUCGUUCCUUAUCGCCCGUCUAGAUCCCUUUUUAAUUCUCUCCUCGGCCACCAGGUUUAUGAACAUCUGCACCUCACAGUUGGAUCACCAAACAGACUUUUGCGCUGCCAUUGCCUGUUGAAUAAAAUCGCAGCGAGCCGCUCUCACGCCGAUUCCCGCUUCCUGAUUCAAACUGACGGCCCCCCGACCAAUCGGUGGCCUGUAUUGUGAUGACGUCAGAUACAGGGCCGAUUCAGCGCGCUUAGAACCUCGGCAGAAUAGACAAAGAAAAAGUAUCUACUGCACGCCUCCACCCGCCUCGGCCCGUAGUGGAGAAGCGCAAGACGGGGGCGUGGCGGGUCGAGUCGCGCUGAGUAGGUACUAGUGUAAAAGCGCCAAAAGUGGAGUCAAAAAAUUGUAACUGCGUGUGGAUUUCUGGAAGAUACCAUAACACGAUGCCUUCACAGUGCCUCGACUCAUCUGUUACCAGAAGGGGGGUGGGAGUUUCUUUUAAAAAAAAAUAAUGAUUAUCAUUUUACCUGUGGAGGAAAAUAUAACUUUGGACCUUGAAAGGAGAACUCGACAAGAUCCGGGACAUUACAAACCUGUUAUAAUAUAAUAAUGGUCCAGACCAGAUCUUUAUUUGACUUGCUUUCACAGGUGGAUGGUGCGCUAUCCCCCAGAUAGCCCUGCAGAAGAGUAUUAUUUAUUUUCGCUCUCUUAUUCAAGCUUUAGAGCAGCACUGGAGUUGUGCUGGGUAUUCAUUUCCAUUAAGAAGAUGUGGAAUAAUUACAGUCUGAACUCGUUCUCUCCUUUGGAAAUCUUUACGGUUUACAGCAUUUCUAGUGUGCCCAACUCAGGUAGUACAUUUAAUAUAUUGAUUUACUGUGAUGUUCCUCUUUCUUGUUACUUUGAGGAUGAAAACUCAGAUAUUAAAGUUGGAAAGGCCAGGACAAAUAAAUAAAUAAAUAAAUGCGCUAAUGUUCCAACAGAUACAGGUGUUAUAGUGCACUUUUGGGGACAUGUCAUAUAUACAGUAUAUGUAUACGAUGAAUUAUACCCUAAAGUAUGUUUUUACAGUAUUAACAUACCUUCCCCACAAGCACAUGUAUCUGCAGACAGACAUUUCAAAUCUGCAACAUUUUUUUGCAUUAAUACUAUUAAUACCCACCAUCCUGCACAACCACACUACUGAACUGUUUUCAUAGAGAUGGUUCUCUCUGUGAAAAUAUUACCUCUUUUUGUUCUUUUUUCCCGAGAACAGUUGAUUGGGGGAGGAAAAAAAUGCAGGAUUAUUUCAUACCAUGUACUUGGAUUUAGCUAUAGAGCAUACAGCUACCCUGAAACACAAACCUUUUGUAGUGCAAAAGAGCCUGCAUCAUGUCUACAAUCUACAGGUUUAUAACUAUUUUAGGGAUCUACUAAAAAUGCUGUGUGAAGAUCCGGUCUCUUUAAGGACCCCCUCCCAAAACAUCCAGUCUGUGGUAAUGAAUCAACUGCCUGUUCGCAUGUUAACAGCUAUUUUAAAGAAGCCUUGUGGGGGGGGCAGUAUACAGAUAUGUCACACAGUGAUAAAUCCGACCUCAUCGUGCAAGAACAACGGCACUAAACAUUUCUGAGGCCUCUGGGGAGGAUCUUGGACAGAAUUUGAUGCGAGGCGGCCACACAACAGUCCUUUGUUUUUGUGUAUGUAUCCAGUAUUAUAGAGGUACUGUACAUAAUAUAUUACACUCUACAUGCUCAGUAUCUUUCUUUUCUGCCUUUCAAAGCUUCUUUUUGUUAAAAACUUUGUUUUAUGCUUGAAGGACUCUAUUUUCUGGAUUAAGAGGUUUCCAUAACACCAACUAUUCAAUCCCUUUGAAAUCCAGCUAACCAUGAAAUAGAUAAAUACAUAAAAAUGACGAUAAAGCAGUUUCCCUCGUUGCUGGGUUUUCACAGUAACAUUUUGUAGAGAACAUUGAGAAUAUCUAAAACCAAAGAAGUGCGUACAAUUGGGUGUAACUUACGGCAUUGUAAAACCUCAACACUCCCAAGAGUCUUUGUUUCAUUUCAAAAUGGUUAACUGUCAAAAAGCAGGUUUGCUCUACUGGUUAACUCUCCGUCUGACCAACCGCGUGUCUUGGUUCCCUCUUGGUGUUAAUUCAGCACAAAGGUGUUUUCUUUCUAUAGAAAUGUGGAACCAUUGUUCUUUUCUUACAAGUGAAGAAAUAAUCAGUGAUUUAUGUUUUUUUUGUCUUGUUUAAAUACUAAACCAGUAAUAUAUAGCCUAUUUAUUUUGCGAAUGACCUUUGUACAGUUUAUAAAGAGCUCAAGAUUUGAGACGGGUUCCUUGCAUAUUAUUUAUGGAAGUGUUGAUUUGUGCUUUUAAUAAAAAGA